CAAGAAAAUCCUUUUCGUUAUGUCGUACACAUUACAUAUGGUCUUUGUCAGAAACCCAGAUGCAACAAUCAGAUAGAAGCUUGAGUGAGGACAGGUACGGAGAGCCAAAGUUACGAAAAACCCAAGGAGGGAAGCAAGAGAAAAAAGUUAUCCACCCUUACAGCAGAAAAGCCGCGCAGCUCGCAAGGGAAGCACACAAACAGGAAAAGAAAGAAAAGUUGAAGACUGACAAAGCUUUGCGUUUGAGUAUCAUUGGAGAAAAAUUGCAAUGGUUUCAAAGUCACCUUGACCCCAGUAAAAUUGAGUACACGAAGAAGGAAGCUGGUGAACUAAUUGAAAAUUAUAUGUGUCGAUUUAAUGCUGAAUUGGAGCAGAUUGAAUUACAAAACAGUAUUAAAGGUAGACAAGGAAGACAGCAUGGUUCACGGGAGACUGUCAUCAAGCAGACCAUAGAACGUGAAAGACAACUCUAUGAAGGCUAUGGAAUAGAAAUCCCAGACAUUAUGAACAGAAAGCAUCUUAAAUUUUUCAGAGAAUGGGAUGGUGAUCUGAGGAAACUGCCAAACAUCAAAAUGAAAAAGUUCUCAGCUAGGGAUGCUGCUGGCAGUCACCCUGAGGUGGCAGAUACGGAAGCUAAAGAAGAAUUGAAUAAAGCAGAAGAGGUGCCUAAUGAGCACCAGCUGAUUCAAGAGCUGGAACAGCUGAAGGGAAUUGUAAGAAACCUGUUUUAAUUAUCACUGGAAACAAGAAUAAAUUCUAACUAUAUUUGCAAAGGCUUUGCUAGUUGCAUUUUUUAUAAGCUCACUGUGUACCUAUAGUAAAGAGUAAACAGUAUAUUAUUGGGUAAAGCUGUAUGCUGUUGGAUAAAAAAUUUUGAAUAUAAAUAAAUACUUAAAAUCU